AACCUGUGGUUUCCGGCUUCACCAGACAGCUGAGCUACAUUGUAAACACAACGCCUCCAUUUUCAAACCCGUCCGGAGAAACAUCGCACAUCAUCGCUGAACAUGGGGGCCGUACUCGGGCUUUGUUCCAUGGCCAGUUGGAUCCCUUGCCUUUGUGGCAGUGCUCCUUGCCUGCUGUGCAGAUGCUGCCCGAGUGGAAACAACUCCACAGUCACUCGGCUGAUCUAUGCCUUCUUUAUGCUGCUGGGUGUGGGCAUCGCCUGCAUCAUGCUCAUGCCAGGCAUGGAGGAGCAUCUGAAGAAGAUUCCAGGCUUUUGUGAAGGAGGAAUGGGGUCGUCCAUCCCGGGAGUCAAAGGUCAUGUGAAUUGCGAUGUGCUGGUGGGCUAUAAGGCUGUGUAUCGUGUGUGCUUUGGGAUGGCCAUGUUCUUCCUGCUCUUCUCUCUCAUCAUGGUAAAGGUCAAGAGCAGCCAGGACCCAAGAGCUUCUGUGCAUAACGGGUUUUGGUUCUUCAAGUUUGCGGCUGCCACUGCUAUUACAGUUGGAGCUUUCUUCAUUCCUGAAGGCCCUUUUACUACUGUCUGGUUUUACAUAGGCAUGGCUGGAGCGUUCUGUUUCAUCCUAAUCCAGCUGGUGCUCUUGAUCGACUUUGCUCACUCUUGGAACGAGUCCUGGGUGGAGAAAAUGGAUGAGGGAAACUCUCGUUGCUGGUAUGCAGCUCUUCUGUCUGCCACAACCAUCAACUACGCUCUGUCACUGAUCUCUCUGGUCUUGUUCUAUGUGUAUUACACUCACUCCGAUGGCUGCACUGAGAACAAAGUCUUCAUCAGCAUCAACAUGCUGCUGUGCGUUGGUGCAUCUGUCCUGUCUGUCUUGCCUAAAAUCCAGGAGUCCCAACCUAGGUCUGGUCUCUUGCAGUCCUCCAUUGUUACUCUGUACACCAUGUAUCUGACCUGGUCUGCCAUGACCAAUGAGCCUGACCGCAGAUGCAACCCUAGCUUGCUUGGCAUUAUUGGACUCAACAGCACCACCCCUGCUGGUCAGGACCGUGUUGUUCAGUGGUGGGAUGCCCAGGGCAUUGUGGGCUUGAUUUUGUUCCUGAUGUGUGUGCUGUACUCCAGCAUCCGCAACUCCAGCAAUUCCCAAGUGAACAAACUGACCCUCACCAGCGACGAGUCUGCUCUGAUCGAGGAUGGUCCCGCUCCAGAGAACUUUGAAGUGGGUGAUGGCACCAACCGUGCCAUUGACAAUGAGAAGGAUGGAGUCACCUAUAGCUACUCUUUCUUCCACUUCAUGCUCUUCUUGGCUUCUCUGUACAUCAUGAUGACACUGACAAACUGGUACAGCCCUGAUGCCAAUUAUCAGACUAUGACCAGCAAGUGGCCCUCUGUGUGGGUGAAAAUCACCUCCAGUUGGAUCUGCAUCUCUCUGUACGUGUGGACCCUGGUGGCUCCGCUGGUCCUCACCAACCGUGAUUUCGACUGAGAGGACGGAUAGAAAUAAAAGCUUGCAAUUAGAAUCCGCCAUUACUUAUGUGAAUAUCCACAUGUAUAGGUAUAGUAGGGUCUAAAUGUAAAUACUUGUGUUUUGUUUGUUCAGCUGACCCUACAUGUGUUGUUGUUGUUGUUGUUUUUUUAACCUUGCAUGCUUUUAUGUAGGUGUUUAUUAGUUCAUAUAAGAGCUGAAAUAAAUGAAGAACAUGGCUUGGGUUUCCUGUGAUGUGAUGUUAAUAUUUCCUUCAAGAAUGUGUUCUUUUAAAAUUAAGGAUAAUGUAACCUUGAUUAAUAAUCUCUGUAUGCUCUAAAAAAAUAAAUACAAUGCAUCUUAAGUUAUUUGUGGAGAGUAGUGAAAAUGCAGGUCAUGUUUUCCCAUAAAUCGUGACAUUCAUAGUUUCCUGUAGAACGCACAUAUAGUGUUGAAUUAGCAUGCGAAAAUGUACAGGUAACUUAUAAUUGUAGAUUUUGUCAUGCAUUUCGCUUCUUGAUGAUUUGCAUCACAAACAUGACUGUAACAGCGCUAACCAUUUUGCAACUUGCACAUGUUAGUUGUUUGAGCACUAUUCAUUUUAUUCUUGUAGCCAAUGUGUGUGCUGAACAAUGUUUUGCACUGAAUAUAUUAUCCUUUACUGAUAAAACCUGAAUAGAUGAUUUGUGUUUUGCUUUACCCUUUAUUGUAUUAGGCAAGUUGGUGGUUUUCAUGAUGGCAGUUCUCACACAAUUUUUUUUUUAAUUAAUGUCAGUGUUAUUUUUUUGCUUUUUGACAAGUGCAUUGUAAUCAACCAACAUGUCAUCUUAUUAAAGGUUUAAAUCCCA